GGAAUAACGGGGAAGAGUCACCCGAACUUCAAGAUCUCGGUCGUUGUCGAUUUUCAUUAUUUCUUUCACUGCAUCUGCGCCUAACCGACCGAUCGGAUUACAUUUACGGUAAAUUCAGCCUGAAUGAAGUCUUUGCUCCCCGUUCCCCCUCCCUCCUCACCAGCUGGAGGGGAAAGGCGCCCCAAGCAGCGGCGCUGGGGAAGAGAGCGAGGCAGCUAGCUAACCAGGCACGAUGCGAGAGGGAGGGGACAAGUGAUCGACAGAUCCAAUGAGGAACCGGCAGCCAACUGGCUUCCAAGGAGGCUGGAGACAAUUGAUCUGCGGGAGCUGGCUCGGAUUCCCUCUUCAACGUGAGGAGGAGGAGAAGCCUUAGCUUUGUGGCUGUGCUGCUCGCCCUAGCUGAGCCCGGAGCUUCGUGGUCGCCGCAGCUACCCUGGAAUCUCGACAAACCCAGGCUGGCCGCCCGGAGAAAUCGAUUCCUGGCUUCCCCCUCCCCGCCUCUUUUUCGGCUUGUCCUUAUUUCAUUUUGACUAAGAAGCAAAGCGCUCCAGACCGUCGUUCAACUCCCCACGUGGACUCCCAGGUGCUGAUCACAUUGGCGAGCUGGUGCUGCAGACUUGAAGCAGCAGCAACCGCGGAGAGCGGCGGCUUUGCAGAGGAGUUCCUCGGUGCCGCCGCCGUUUAGCCGAGGGGUGCAAGUUGCGGGAAGGGGCCAAGGGGAGAGACGCAGCCCGUGCUUUCGCUUCGGGACGCGGCGGUUGCAGCAAGAGCAGGAUGCCGGCGGCUGCUGGCGACGGGCUUUUGAGUGAGCCCACGGCGGCGAGCUUCGGCGACGACGAACCUACGACGCCUCCCCUCAGCCCGGAGGGGACCUUCCUGGCCGCCUGGGUCAACGCUUCGGCCUCCCGGGAGCGCAUCCGAGAAUUCCAGCACACCCAGCGGGUCGGCAGCUACCUGAUCGGCCGGAAGUUGGGAGAAGGCUCCUUCGCCAAAGUGCGAGAAGGGUUGCAUGUUGUGACCGGAGAAAAGGUGGCAGUGAAGGUUAUUGAUAAAAAAAGAGCCAAAAAGGACACCUAUGUGACCAAGAAUCUGAGACGGGAAGGCCAGAUCCAGCAAAUGAUUCGUCAUCCCAACAUUGCUCAACUGCUGGAUAUCUUGGAAACUGAAAAUAGUUACUACCUUGUCAUGGAACUAUGCCCAGGAGGCAACUUAAUGCACAAAAUCUAUGAGAAGAAGCGGUUGGAAGAGCAUGAAGCACGCAAAUAUAUCAGACAACUUAUAUUAGCAGUUGAGCAUCUACAUCGGGCAGGGGUUGUUCACAGAGAUCUGAAGAUAGAAAACCUUCUGCUAGAUGAAGACAACAAUAUCAAGCUUAUUGACUUUGGUUUGAGCAAUUGUGCAAGUAUCCUUGGCUACACUGAUCCAUUCAGCACCCAAUGCGGUAGUCCUGCUUAUGCAGCACCAGAACUUCUUGCAAGGAAGAAAUAUGGUCCCAAAAUAGAUGUUUGGUCCAUUGGUGUGAAUAUGUAUGCAAUGUUGACUGGGACACUACCAUUUACUGUUGAACCAUUCAGUCUGAGAGCUUUGUACCAGAAGAUGAUAGACAAAGAAAUGAAUCCAUAUCCUACUCAGCUUUCUACAGCAGCUGUAAACUUCUUAAAAAUUCUACUAGAACCAGAUCCUGCAAAGAGACCAAACAUCCAACAAGCAUUAGCAAAUCGUUGGCUUAGUGAGAAUGGGAAAGCACUGAAUAAUGUCACAUAUCCAAACAGAAUUCAUCUAGAAGACGUAAGCCAAAGCGUGCUGCUGUACAUGACAGAAAAGCUUGGCUAUAAGAAUAGUGAUGUGAUCAACACUAUUCUUUCAAACAGAGCUUGCCACAUGCUUGCCAUCUACAUCCUUCUUAAUAAGAAGCUAGAGCGCUAUACAACAGGCACAAAAAAAACUGAAGCUUCUGAUAAUAUGUGCACUAACCAGUUUUGUCGGUUAGAAAAAUACAAAUCCAAUAAGGAUUCCUAUGAGGACAAAAAAACCAAGGAGCAAGAAGCAAAAGGUGACCUUACUCAUCCAUUUCUGAAGAAAUCUGAGAAAAGUCUACCAACAUACAAAGAGCCUUCCUCCUGCCUUACAACGCAGAUGCAAAACAAAAAGUCUCUGCUAAGUGAUCGAAGAGCAAGUCAUGGAGGAUUGCCUGAAAGAGAUUCUCCUAGUAAUUUGAAUCCUUUCUAUGAAGGAGCAACGGGCAAGGUGGGCUGUGUCACCUCCUACUCUCUGGAAUACCUUGAAAUUCAGCAACCAGUUCCAAGAACCCCAAGACUUGGGAAACGGCAAGAUUCACCUCAACAAGAGCCCUCAAGUCCUGGCAGUCAGACUUUGGAUUCUCCUUUGAUUCUGAACAUUGUACAUUCUUUUGAAACUGGUGAUCGAGAGGAUCAGAUAGACCAAGUCUCUCCAUCUCAUCAGUAUCAAAUGCUUAGCUCACCAGUAAAUUUUGGUCGAAGAAGUUCCAGUGAAAGAACACUGUCUCCCCUCUUGCAGCCUGGGGGCACUUCUCCCAGUCCCACUAAAAGUCCAGGGCACCCCACUCAACUUUCAUUUACAUAUGAUGAAAAAAGCAGCUCUUUCAAAGAGGAAGCUGUCUCUCCAACGCAGCUGAAUGUCUCCAAUCCUUUGGGGAGCCCUAAUUGUGUGAAAAGUAGAGGCCGAUUCCCCAUGAUGGGCAUUGGACAGAUGAUGAGGAAAAGGAAUCAGUCAGUGGGAUCUCCCACAGAAAAGUCUCUGGAAGCAAGAAUGCCUCAGUUGCAACAAAUGAGCCCCACACAAAUUUCAUUCAGUAUCACAGAUCCUAUAAAUGGCCAGUGCUGAGCCAUUUUAAAAACCUCAAAUUAUUUAGUGCUGAUUUUGGAAACCCUUCCAUCGAAACUUACAUUCACUUUUUUUUCUGUACAGUUUGUCAUUGUAUCUAAUAAGAUAAUCAAAAGCCCAACUAUCGUGGCAUUUGCUCAUGCAGUUGACAAAAAGAUAAGUAUGUUAAGUGAUGUAAAGUGGUUUUUAAAACCUACAUAAUCUCACAUAGGUAGCGUUUGGCUGUAUUCUUAUAUUAUCUAUAUAAAUAUAUAUGUAAACAAGAACACUCCAGGUUAACAACAUGAUUAAAUGUUGAAAUAUUAAUUGGCUAGAAUGCUACUUUUACUUCUGAAGCUAUGAUUCUGAAUUUGUGCUUUUCUGACACCAGUGUUAUUCACCUCAUGGAGAGGAAGAAAAAAAUGUACCUUUUCCCCCUCUUUCUCAGACAAAUUUGUCUUCUUAGGUACAUCCAGGAGAAAAAAGAAAUGUAGCAAAAAGAACUUGGAAUAAAAACACAAAGUUACACAGAAUGAAACAUAGGGGAAAAAAGCAAUUUUUACUGUAUCUUAAGUAUUACAUCACUUAAAAUCUGUAUUUUUUCUAAAGAGAAGGCUGAUUUUCAAAGAGAUGCUACUGAACAGAGAUACAAUCAUCUUAAAAUAAGGAAAUCUGUUUUCAGUUUUUAUUUUCAUCAUGAGACUAGCCAUACUUUUAAAAAGGCUUAUCUUUUUUGUAUAGUUGUACUAUUUUGGUGAAACUGUCCAUAGAAAAGCUAUGUAAUUUCCGUUUUAGUAAAACAGUGUUAAAUAUACUUGAAAUUGUUGCUGGAAGACUUUGCACUGUAUUAAGAGGAUGUGAACCAUGAACAUAUCAGUUAGCCAUUUACAAAAGUAAUGAUCGGAAAUUUAGUUGAGUAUAAAAAAAAAAUCAACAAUAUCAUAAACCAGAAAGGCUAACUUUUGUGAAAAGCAAAUAUUUUCUGUAUUUUGCAGUUCUUUUUUUUUCCACAGUUUUAAAAAAUGUCAACAUAAGCAAAUAGGCUUCUGUGCAAAUAUUUGGCUGAAUUGUUGAUCAUAAUAAAAAAAUUAGCCUGGCACAACAGCAGAUUAUCACUAAUAAUGUGUACUUUCCCUCUUUGAGCAUGACAAUAUGGGGAUGAUAAUAUCUGACAAAUCAGAACUAAGUAUUUAUUCUGAUACUUGAUCUUUCUGACAUGUUAAGAAAGGCCAACAGCUUCCAGGAGAAAGCGGCUUAUUUAGCUUCAAGACUGGGCAAGCAUCUAGAGCCAUAGUGCUCCUUUUAAGUGAGUGAAGUUGUUCUCAUAUGGAUGAGCACAUCAAGAUGAAAGCACUACAGCUCAUUUUUUAUUCCAAAGGUGGUGGUGUGCAGGAGUAAAAAGAUACUCCCUUGUACAGGAAGAUCUCCAUAAUUACUAUCAUAGCUGUAAGGUAGCACUGUAUCCAGCUGCAAGCCCAGUCACUGGGAUCAGCUGUCUUAAAUGGCUGACAAGUGAUGAUGCCUGUCCUUUUGGGAGUACACAACUGGCCACAAAGGGAAACUUUUGAUAAUUACUGGUCACAAAGGGAAACUUCGAUGAUUAGAUGUUAGUCUGUAUGGAGAAAAUUCUCUAUAAAGAACAAAGUAGUAGUUGAGAAAAAUUUUAAGUUCUGUCCCUGAUUGGCAACAUUUCUGAGCAUUAGAAUAUUUUCCCUCAAUGAAUACACUUUCUUUCCACCUUUUGUGUCCACACAUGCCAUCUAGGAUUUUAUUUAUUUAUUUAUAUUCCACCUUUAUUGUUUUUUUUAUAAAUAACUCAAAACAAUGAACACAUCUGCUACUACUGCCUCCUCCUAAAAUCUGAAUUUACUAAAAUUACAAUUAAAUCUGCUUUUCAUGUUCUCAAGAAAGAACAGAAUGAAAGCAAGCUGUACUUCAGUGAACUGCUUUUGGUCAGAGCCAGGGUUGGAAAUAUUUCAGAAAAAAAGUUUCCGUAUGUCCAAACCACAUAUUUUAUUCCCCAUCAUAUAUAGAAAAGUUCAGUAGGGCUAAUAAUAAAAUCAGAGAAAUGCCAAUAUUCUUUGCUUUCCUCAUAUAGUCACCACUGUCUGGGCAACUUUAUUGGGCAAAAUGAUUACAGCCCUGCCAGUUUCCCACAAGCAAAGUUAAUGAGGAAGCCAGCAGGGAAGAUUGCAAGUCACUCUUUCUGC